GAAAGGUCACACACAAAUAACUUUGUCAAUAAGAGAUUGCUUAACUUUUCCAUAUUUGAGUUUGUUUCAUAAUCCAUAUUAAUUAAAAAUAUAUCUUUAAUGAAAGUUCAUUAAUGCUCUCAAUCACUUUGAUUUGAUAUAAAGUUGAUUAAGUUUUGUUAUAUUGCUUUGUAUGGAAGCUUUUCUUUCUAUAUUUCUAUGUUCUUCCAAACAAAGAAAGAACUAUAACCAUCAUGUUCCAUUCAUUCUGUUACACUUUCACAUUUCUCUUCACUACUACUCUUCUCUUCACACCAUCAUCAUCUUCACACAUUGCUUCACAACCAGCCACCAAAAUAUUCAUCACAGACCACAACACUCAAAGCUUCACCAAUGCUGGUAAAGGCAACAUCAUCACAGGAAUAUCACAGUUCAAAAGAUACCUCUCUCGUUUUGGUUACCUUAAAAACAACAAACCAUUCAGCGACGAAUUUGAUGCGAGUUUUGAAUCAGCUCUCAUCCAAUACCAACGGAAUCUUGGACUCCAAGUAACUGCUAAACUCGAUUCAACCACACUUUCUCAAAUGAUCACACCAAGAUGCGGUGUUCAAGACACAAUCAAAACUCAUCGUAAUCAUAUUCAUAACACGACACAUUUUGUUUAUUUUCCUGGAAAACCAAGAUGGUCACGUGACAAUGACAUGCCAAUCACACUAACCUAUAGCUUCUCACGUGACUACAUGAUACAUAAUUUGAGCUUUCAAGAGAUAAGAGAAACUUUCAAAAGAGCAUUCUCUAAAUGGAGUGUUGUUAUUCCGGUUAAAUUCGUCGAAUCCAAGGAUUACGGUUUCGCAGACAUAAAAAUAGGGUUUUAUAGCGGGGAACAUGGCGACGAUGAGCCAUUUGAUGGUGUUCUUGGUGUGUUAGCGCAUUCGUUCUUGCCGGAGAUUGGAAGACUCCACCUUGAUGCGGCCGAGACAUGGGCGGUUGAUUUCGGAGUAACGAAAUCGGAAGUGGCGGUUGAUUUGGAGUCAGUUGCAACACAUGAAAUUGGACAUUUGUUGGGUUUGUCACAUAGUAGUGUGAAAGAGGCAGUGAUGUAUCCAAGUUUAAGGCCAAGAGAUAAAAGAGCUGAUUUGAAUAUUGAUGAUAUCAAAGGUGUGCAAUCUCUUUAUGGUUCUAAUCCUAAUUUUAGAUCUCAGUGGUCAUUGGAAUCUGAUAUUUCCACAAAUCAUGGUACAAAGUUUGGACUUGACACAUUCAAGUUAUCUAUAAUUGGUUUCUUUAUUGUAAUUUCAUUAGUUCUAUAAUUUUUAAAUUAUAUAUUCUAUUAGUUGUAAUUAUGCUCCCCACUUUGUGUAAUCUUGAUGGUUUGAAGUAUAUCAUUCAAUAUAGGAUGAUUUGAGGUCGGGUGAGAGGAUUUAGAUAGACUCAUACAUUGAAUUGUAACAUUCACUAGAAUAUUACGGUGACUAUUUGGUGA